AAUUUUAUAUUAUCAUUGUCGUUUUCUAAUGUUAAUAAUAGAACAAUAAUGUUUUCUUGUGAUUUAUAAGAAGAAACUAUCAGUUAGUAAAAGUUAUCGACGUGAAUUAAAGUGUACUAUGGUAACCAUUUCGGUGAAGAAUAUUUUGACCGAACCUACCUGACUCGAUUGAGAAAAGAUGCUAUUACAAAAGAAGUUAUUGAGUUUUCCUCAUACCGCAAAGGUAUAUUUUGGGAAUUAUGGGAUUUUUGGCUGUAGUGAAUGCCUAUUCAUUAAGAGUAUCAUUAAAUAUAGCCAUAACGGAAAUGGUAGUACCGGGAACGUCAAGUUACUACGAUGAAGAUUCUUGUCCAUCAGAAAACGCAAAUAAAACACAUAAUUCCGUAACGAACACAGCGAUCCUCUACGAUUGGGACGAAACUACCAAAGGACUCAUUCUGAGUUCGUUCUUUUGGGGAUAUGUACUAACACACAUACCCGGUGGCGUGCUAGCUGAAAAAUUCGGUGGAAAGUAUUCUUUGGGUUUAGGAAUACUUUCGACGGCGGUGUUCACCCUCAUAACUCCAUGGGUCAUCAUAUCGACAAAUGGAAACUGGAAAGUUUUGGUGGCUUUAAGAGUCAUUAUGGGAUUAGGAGAGGGAACUACUUAUCCGGCCCUAAAUGCAUUACUAGCUAAAUGGGUACCGCUUCAUGAAAGGGCGAAAAUUGGUACUUUGGUUUAUGCCGGGAGUCAAAUUGGUACGAUUGUGAGUAACAGUAUAAGUGGGGCUCUAAUAAACGCAACGAAAAAUUGGGCAUCAGUUUUUUAUGUAUUCGGAGCCGCGGGUGUUUUAUGGUUUAUAAUUUGGCAAUUAAUCUGCUAUUCGGAACCCGAAGAUCAUCCUUUUAUCAGCGACAAGGAAAAAGCGUAUCUUAAGAAGGCGUUAGAAAAUGUAUCCGAGGAAAAAAGACAAAUCCCGUGGAGGGAGAUAUUGACAUCGGCGCCGCUGUGGGCUCUAGUCGCAGCCCAGAUCGGUCACGAUUGGGGUUUUUUCACCAUGGUAACGGAUCUACCGACAUACAUGAGCGACGUUUUGAAAUUUAACGUCAAAGAGAACGGAAUAUGGACGUCGCUACCAUACGCCGUCAUGUGGUUGGUAUCCAUGGGAUCCGGAUGGCUCUGCGAUUGGUUAGUUUCUUCGGGUUGUCUCGGUAUAACUUUCGCUAGGAAAUUAUUUACCACAAUAGCUUCUUUGGGACCGGCGAUUUUUAUUAUGAUAGCUUCUUAUUCGGGAUGCGAUCGAUAUUUAACCGUAGCUAUGUUCACCAUAGCUAUGGGUUUUAUGGGUCCGUUUUACUGCGGAAUGAAAGUGAACGCAUUAGAUUUGGCGCCUAAUUAUGCCGGUACAUUGAUGGCUAUAGUGAACGGUAUAGGAGCAAUUACUGGAAUUAUAGCGCCCUAUUUAGCCGGCGCGCUUACAGAAGACCAUACGUUGAAACAAUGGCGUACGGUGUUCUGGAUAACGUUCGCCAUAUUCAAUGUAACCAACAUCAUUUAUUGUCUGUUCGGUAGUGCAGAAGAACAACGUUGGAACGAUCCGUCUCAACUGAAAGAACAAAAACUCGAUACGAAUUACGGUAGCGUAAACGAUCAGGGAAAAUUCGCUAAAAAAGAAGUAGAAAAUUCCGUCGUUUAACGUUAGAUAAAAAUGUUUGUACAAGUUUCGGAGGAAAAAAUUAAUUAACGAGUAUUUUCUUUCUGAUAUUUUAAAGCCUGUGAUAAUUCUAUGGUUUCUUUUUAAAGUUGAACUGAAUGGAAAAUGCCGACGAAAUGUCGUAAGUGAAAAAACUUUUGUAUAUUAGGGUAGUUUCGAUUUAACUAUCAACUUAUACUGAACACACUGGUUACACUACCACUACACCAACACGCGUUUCAAUAACCAAAUUAUCAUCUUUCAGAGACUUAAUUUACCUUCGGUCUCUGAAGACGGCAACUUGGUUAUCGAAACGCGCUUCAGACGGUGUAAUUGUGCUCUGCUCGGUAGUUUCUAAAUAAAAAAAGCUUUCCAGCUGUAAAUUCACCCUCAGAAAACAAUUUCAACUUCAUUGUAUUAUAUAUCAUAUUAAUUUUGUUAAUUAUUGAAAGAAUUUGUAAAUAUUUUAUUUAUGUUGAUUAUUAAAAGUAAAUUUUAAGUAAA